GGGAGCGGCUCCUGCUGUCCUAUAUCCACAACAGCCAGGAUUUCUCCAGUCAUCUGCAGCCAUGGCUCCGAGUGAACGCCGGCUUCUCUAUCGACAGAGCACCAUUCCCAGAGAAAAGUGUUGUUUUUAGACGCUUCAGAGUGCUGAUCAGUCAGGAUGAAACGAGGACGAACAGGCCUUAAAACAAAGUGCCAGACGUUCUCCUCCCAUGGGGAAAAGGCUAAGAGACAUAAGUGGGGGGCGUCCAACUUCGCCCUGACUCCAUCUGAGGACUGGGGCAAUCUGCCCCACCACGUCGUCCUGCAGAUCUUCCAGCAUCUGUCCCUGGUGGACCGUGCCAGGGCGUCGUCAGUGUGCCGUCGCUGGAAUGACGUCUUUCACACCCCAGACCUGUGGAGGAGAUUUGAGUUUGAGCUCAAUCAGCCGGCCACGUCUUACCUGCGCUCCACUCACCCUGACCUCAUUCAGCAGAUCAUUAAGAAGCAUGCUCAGCACCUGCAGUACGUCAGCUUCAAGGUGGACAGCUGCACUGAGUCUGCAGAGGCGGCCUGUGACAUUCUCUCCCAGCUGGUGAACUGCACCAUCAAGACCCUGGGGCUGAUCUCCACAGCGCGGCCCAGCUUCAUGGACGUCUCUCAGGCGCACUUUGUGUCCGCACUCACAGUCGUGUUUGUCAACUCCAAGUCCCUCUCCUCCAUCAAGAUCGAUGAUACGCCUGUGGAUGACCCGUCCCUGAAGGUGCUGGUGGCCAACAACAGCGACACUUUGAAGUUGCUGAAAAUGAGCAGCUGCCCUCAUGUCUCACCAGCAGGUAUCCUGUGUGUUGCCGAUCAGUGCCAUGGACUCAGAGAGCUGGCGUUGAACUACCACCUCCUGAGUGAUGAACUCCUGCUCGCCCUCUCCUCUGAGAAACACGUCCACUUGGAGCACCUACGCAUUGAUGUGGUGAGCGAGAACCCUGGGCAGACUCACUUUCACACCAUCAAAAGAAGCAGCUGGGAGGCUUUGGUGCGACACUCCCCCAAGGUCAACAUCGUCAUGUACUUCUUCCUCUAUGAAGAGGAGUUUGAGCCAUUCUUUCGCGAGGAGACCCCCGUCACACACCUUUACUUUGGCCGGGCUGUCAGCAAAGAGAUGCUGGGUCGUAUCGGAUUGAACUGCCCCCGGCUGGUGGAGCUGGUGGUGUGUGCCAAUGGUCUGGAGCCCCUGGAUGAGGAGCUGAUUCGCAUUGCAGAACGCUGUAAAAGUCUGACAGCCAUUGGGCUGGGUGAGUGUGAGGUGACGUGCAGCGGCUUUGUAGAGUUUGUUAAGAUGUGUGGGGGUAGGCUGACUCAGCUGUCAAUCAUGGAGGAGGUGCUGAUCCCGGACAGCAGCUACAACAUGGAGCAGAUCCACAGUGAGGUGUCCAAGCACCUGGGCCGCAUCUGGUUCCCUGACAUGAUGCCAACCUGGUAGACUAACACGAAGCCAGAAAGUGACAAAAAUGAACUUUGCUUUUAUCAUGCAUACUUUAUAGUUAUGCUAAAACAGUGUUAAGAGCCACACAUUUUGUUUUAAAAGGCCACAAAGCUUCAAGAUCAUACUUAAGGGUCAUUUUUAGACAAAAGUGGGCAAGAAUCAGUGUUUCAGGUCUUAAUGUAAAACUAUUUCUCCUUACAACACAUUACAUUUAAUGCAUUUUCCUUUGAUGCUUAAACAUCAGGCAAAGGUAAGGAACUUCAUGAGACGUUGUGGACCCAAGGGGCCAUUAGAAAUAUUUGUAGGUAUACAUCAAAUAUGAAGUAUAUAUCUAAAAUUACCUCCAGUAAUUAAGCUGUAAAUGUAAAAUGGUGUCAAGAGAGAAUAAAAUAAAAUGAAAGUAGAUUUGAUUAUCUAAACAUGUCCUAGGAGGAUGCGUGGCCCCAACAGCUAAGCUUCUCAAAAAGCCUAAAUAUGUCUUCAUAUCAUGCAAAACAAAGUCAGGUAGAUCCCUGAAGACAUACUAAAACAAUGAAUUAGUGAAUAACUGUGAGGUAAAAUUGCAUUCAAUAAAUACAUAUGAAUGAAUUGUAGCAGAAAGAGCAGAUAUUGGUGAUAAGCCUACUGAUGGGUAUUUGUAUUUCAGGUUUGGGUCUGUCCUGUUGAUCUCUGGCUUUGUAACUAGGAAAACUGCUUCAAAAUUUAAUUGCUUUCAGCUAAAUGGGGAGAUGCCUCAUUGGUCUCUGCCUCCAAAUAACUGAAACCACUCCUGUUUAUUGCAAUUCAGAUUUUUUAAAUGUUGUACAUAGCGUCAGUCUGUGACAGUCACUGAAGCCUGGAAGACAGCUAGACCAAAGAUGCAGGUCUGCCCUCUGCUGGUGAAUUGUGCUAAAAGCAUCCCCAUCCAUUUGCCCUUGCAUAUCAUCCUUCAAAUGAAUUGAAGGGAAAAUUUGUUGUAAAUUCUCCUUUACUUUCCUGAUUUAAUCCUCUACAUGUGCUUAUUUUCAUUUGUGAU